AUGACACGUCUAGUUGGACGACCCCUGAACUGGGCCAUCACGGCCACUGCCGGAUCUGGUUUCCUACUUUUUGGAUACGACCAAGGUGUCAUGUCUGGACUUCUUACGGGAGAUGCCUUUACGAGAGUAUUUCCAUCCAUAGACACAACAAACGGCGGGAGUUCAACGGUUCAGGGAACUGUUGUGGCUAUUUACGAAAUUGGUUGCUUCUUUGGUGCUCUCAUCUGCAUGCUUGUCGGUGAGCGCCUUGGUCGAAAGAAGUGUAUUGCGAUUGGAUGUGUUAUCCUGAGUAUCGGUGCUACUCUGCAGGCUUCUGCGUAUAGCCUUGCGCAGUUGAUUGUUGGGAGAGUUGUGGCCGGUUUGGGAAAUGGCAUGAAUACCAGUACUAUCCCUGUGUGGCAUUCCGAAUUGAUGAGUGCAAAUAACCGUGGAAAGGGUCUCUGCAUUGAACUUGCCAUCAACAUCUUUGGAGUCGCUCUGGCUUACUGGACUGACUAUGGCAUGAGCUUUGUCAACAAUGAAUCUCAAUUCCGCUUUCCAUUGGCUUUCCAAAUCUUCUUUGCUAUCUUGACAUUCGUUGGCAUUCUUGUGCUACCCGAAUCACCCAGAUGGCUAGUCGCUCAUGAUCGCCAUGACGAUGCUAAACAGAUCAUUUGGGCGGUGCAGCCAAACGCAAAAGACAUAGAUAUCAACGGCCCGAAAGUCUCUCAUGACCUCCACGAAAUUCAGCGGGCCAUUGUAGAAGAACGCGAAGCCGCGUCUUUGGGAAGUUAUAAAGCAUUGUUCACAAAUGGGCCACAAAGGUUUUUCUACCGGACAAUGCUUGGUAUUGGUGGCCAAUUCAUGCAGCAGAUUUCUGGAAUUAACCUCAUCACCUAUUACGCUCCCGUUAUCUUCCAAACGUCGGUUGGCAUGUCUCAUAACCUUUCACUUCUGUUGGCUGGUUUCAAUGGAAUCGCCUACUGGAUCUCCUCAUUGGUCCCUAUCUGGGCCAUUGAUAGACUUGGUCGUAGGAAGCUGAUGCUUUUUGCUGCCGGUGGCCAAUGUGCUUGUAUGGCCAUUCUUGCAGGAACUGUAUCGAAUGGUGGGAAAGCCGCUGGUAUUGUUGCCGUCAUCAUGCUUUUCCUGUUCAACUUCUUCUUUGCUGUUGGUCUUUUGGCUAUUCCCUGGCUACUGCCUGCCGAGUACGCUCCUCUUGCAAUUCGUACGCGCGCCGCCUCCCUAGCCACAGCCUCUAACUGGAUCUUUACCUUCUUGGUCGUCGAAAUUACGCCUGUCAGCAUCAACAACAUCGGCUACAAGACUUAUGUCUAUUUUUGCAUAUUCAACUUCUUCUUCCUUCCUCUCAUCUACUUCUUCUACCCGGAGACCAGAAACUUGUCCCUGGAGGAUAUUGAUACGCUGUUCACUGGGGAAAAGAUUCUUCUUCAUGCAAGACCUGGAGUAGGCAUGACAAACGAGUCUAAAUAUGGAGAUGAGGCUGUCUAUGAUAAGGCUGAAAAUACUGUGCAGCUUGAGAAGGUCUAG